AUGGAACCCAACAAUUCAAUCAAUCAAAUCGGCAAUCACAUCGACGAUGAUGGUGAUCAGAACUCAUUUCCAAGCCACCGUUAUCAGAUCAUCACCUAUUCAAGAAAGAGAAAACACUCUCAAUCUCAGGUAAUCACACUAAUCGAUUCAACACAAGUAAACCCUCUUUCGGAAUCAUCAGUUCUAGGGCUUGUUCUCCUUGCUCAUACGUUCUCAUACGAUAUUCAAAACCUCACUGAGUCUCUCCUUCUCGAAAUCCUCGCAAGAUUGCCCCUGAAAUCAAUUUUAAGUGCCCGUGCACUUCCACCUUCAUAUCAGUCACUCAUGACAACUGAUGAUUCGAGGAUUCUUGAUUUCUAUGUUGAUGGGUAUCUGCAAGCUUCCUUUAACAAUGAAGGCUCCAUCGAGCAAAAUACAUGCUUAAGCAAAACAGUAGGCGGUAGGCUGAUCGCAUCCACCCUAGUCCAGGAAAGAUCCCAUCUCUCCAACGGAUCAAUGGAUGACCACAAUCGUGGUUCGGGGCAGAUGAUGGAUGGAACCCAGAUCAAUAUAGAUGUAACAGGACUUGGGGCUAUAAUUGCUUUGGGUCUAAUGUACUUAAAGGUAACUCUUUGGCAGGAAGGAUGA